AUGGCCACCCCGGAUUUCUCAACGAGCACGGCUUCGCAAGGCGGUGGCAGCACGUCGCCUGGUCCGGAGACAUUGACGCCGUUGGAGCAGGAGGUGUUGGAUGAAUAUGCGAGGUUGGCGGGAAAUUUGGGCGAUCUCGCCGCCCUCCUCAACACUCUCUCGGCCAACCCCUCUGCCGACAUCCUCGACGCCCUGCGCGGCCUCGAGCGCAAGACGAGCCUAGUCUUUACAUUACUCAAGGCUAGUGUGUAUAGCAUCGUUUUGCAACAGCAGAUCAUCGGUGAGGAGGAAGAAGGUGGUGGUGGAGGAGAGGGGGCCAGUGGCGUCGGCGGAAGAGAGGACGAGGAUGACGAAAUGGGGGGGAUGUGA